UGUCCCCCUCCCCAGCUGUGUGCAGAGCGGAGAGCGCACGCCUGCCUAUGAAAUGUUAUAUGAGAAGGUGUGUCUGGAGGAGGCUCGUCUUCGGGCACACACAUCGAAGGAGGAGACUCGAGAUCCGAUUCCUGAGCGCUGAAAGCUCCGAGCAGAUCCUUCCCACGAGUGUGCCGGGCUGCGAGUCACCGUGCACUGGACACAGCGGGGGUAGUGACAUUCCACGGGACAAAGCCGGAAACAUGGCGCACGUCAGGAACGGGACGGAGUACGAAGCCGAUGAGGAAAACUUUGAAGAUGCCUAUGAAAAUAUCCCAGUGGCUUCCAAGAUGGACCUUCGAUGUGCACUAGAAGAGUGCACUUUAGCUCUGAAUUUAUUUUUAAACAACAAAUUUUCAGAAGCUCUGGAAUUAUUACGUCCUUGGGCAAAAGACAGCAUGUACCAUACUCUUGGAUACAGCACUAUCUUGGUUAUGCAGGCAGCAAUGACAUUUGAGCCACAGGAUAUUCAAAUGGGAAUUGGUACAAUGAAGGAGGCUUUACAAACAUGUCAGAGAUUCAGAAAAAGAAAUUCAGUGGUAGAAUCUUUAUCUAACUUAGUGUCCAAACAAUCAGGAGAGCAACUUUCUGAAGAGGAAAUGCACGCUGAGAUCUGCUAUGCUGAAUGCCUCCUGCAGAAGGCUGCCUUGACAUUUGUACAGGAUGAAAACAUGAUCAAUUUCAUCAAAGGUGGGCUCAAAAUCAGGACAAGUUACCAAAUCUACAAAGAAUGCCAUCAAGUUCUUUCAGGAAUGACCAAAGACAAGAACUGCCGUGAUACUCACCAUCAGUUUGAAGGAGGUGUUAAACUGGGCAUAGGAGCCUUCAAUUUGAUGCUUUCUCUUUUACCUUCAAGGAUACUCAGGCUGUUAGAGUUCAUUGGAUUUUCUGGAAACAGGGAACUGGGCCUUCAGCAGCUACGGGAAGGCGCCUCUGGAACAAGUCUCCGGGCAAUCCUUUGUGUCCUCACUCUCUUGUUUUAUCAUACUUAUAUAUCAUUGAUACUUGGCACUGGUGAAGGCAAUCUUGAAGAAGCAGAGUCACUUAUCGAACCCUACCUAGAGAAGUUCCCAAAUGGAUCUAUCAUUCUCUUCUAUGCUGCCCGAAUAGACGUACUUAAAGGGAAUUUUGAACAGGCCCAGAUGACAUUCCAGCAAUGCAUUAAGUCUCAGCAGGAGUGGAAACAGAUUCACCACCUGUGUUACUGGGAGCUGAUGUGGAGCUAUUCUUUCCAACAAGACUGGCUCCAGGCAUAUCGCUAUGCAGACCUACUCAGCAAGGAAAGCAAGUGGUCAAAGGCAAUUUAUGUAUUCCAAAAAGCUGCAAUCCUAAGCAUGCUUCCUGAAGAUGAUGUUGCAAGCACCGGAGAAGAUAUAGUAGCUUUGUUCAGGCAAGUAGAAAGUCUCAAGCAAAGAAUUGCUGGAAAGUCCAUCCCUACAGAAAAGUUUGCAGUCAGGAAGUCUAGAAGAUAUUUGGCUGCUAAUCCUGUAAAACUGGCUUUGCCAGCAUUGGAAAUGAUGUAUGUGUGGAAUGGCUUUACAAUAGUAGGGAGAAGGUCUGACCUCACAGAAAACCUCCUGGUUACAAUUGAAAAGGCAGAAACUGCUUUGCAAAAAGACAAAAGUCCAAGUGAAUACUAUGGAGAUGACCAAUGCCUUGUUCAGUUGUUAAAAGGUCUUUGUUUGAAGCAUCUGGGGAGAUUAUUACAAGCAGAACUUUGUUUCAAUCAAGUCAUACAGAGUGAAAAGAGACUAAAGUAUGACCACUAUUUAGUCCCAUUUACUUACUACGAAUUGGGACUAUUGUACAAGCAACAAGGAGACAAAGAUAAAGCCAUACGGUUCAUUGAAAUGGCAAAAAACAAUUACAAAGAUUACUCCAUGGAAUCAAGACUGCAUUUCCGGAUCCAUGCAGCACUCAGCAGUCUUAAAGGCACCCCUCCAUCUACCCCUCCAUGAUCAAGUGGCACUGCACUCCUUUUGUACACAGGCAUUUCAGCUGCUGGGAUGAAGUACUAGAAUCAGCACCUUUAGCAAAGGUGGAGAUUAAAUUUGUUCAACCUAAACUUAAUGACUGUUAUCCUGUGUGAUUUACUGUUGUUGAAUAUAGCUGUUCUUUUCUAUGGUAAUUGUACUAUAAACAUAUAAAUAUAUAUAAAUACACAUACAUUAUAUACUUAAAAGAAAAAAUAAAAGAAGAAAGUUGAAAUAUAUAUUUUGUUUCAUGAAAGAAAUAAUUUAUGGCCAUACUGACUUGAAUGAAAUAAUUUUACAGGCAGAUACUGAUGUAGUAAAGUCUGAUACAAACAAAA